GAUAAUAAUAUGGAUAUUUCUGUUGAAUCAACACCUGUCGAUUCGGAAAGACCUAUGUCGGAUGUUGAGGAAACAACUCCAAUAGCAGUAACCGAUUUUGAAGCCUAUGCAAAUAAAAUUUUACCAGAACUUGGCCAAGAAGUUGAAGAUUUUAAAUAUAGUACAUGGACAAUUAAAAGUUGGAAGUCUUUGGAUAAAAGAACAACAGGACCUGAAUUUGAAGCUGGUGGAUGGAAGUG